AUGCAAGAGAACCGAAAAGAGGUGGUCCUCGUAGGGAUCGAGACUCACAUUUGCGUGUCUCAGACUGCUUUAGAGUUGAAAGACCAUGGCUAUAAUGUUGUAGUUCUUGCAGACGCAGUUUCGUCGUCAUCUCCGCAAGAGCGAGUUUUAGCAUUACAACGGAUGUCAAGUUCUGGCAUAACCAUCAAUAGUGUCGAAGGCUGGGUUUUCGAAACUUUAGAGUCUGCCGAGCACCCCUCAUUCAGACAGGUUAGUAGUCUGUUGAAACAGACAGCGAAUACAAGAACUCAAACGGUCCAAGCUCUGUUGUAG